AAUUGGUCCAAAAAGCGUAAAAUCAGCAAUCAAGGGGGGCCUGGCUCGUUAGCGCAGGGGACCCGAGCAGGGCAGGACAUGUGAGAUAGUCACAGUUUUCCAGAGAUCACGACAAGAUCUCACCAGUCGCGCGUGGUCCCCGGCGCCGGAGCGGGCCAGCCCAGCCCAGCCCAGCCCGGCCCAGCCCAGCCCGGCGCAGCGCCCCCGCCGCCCCCGCGCCCCGAGCCCCGCGCCCCCGGCCGCGCGCGGGACGGGGAGCCGGGAGGAGCCGCCGCCGAGCCCGCCGCCAGGGCCGCCCUUCCUCCGCGCGCGCCGCCGCCCGGGCCGGGGGUCCGAGCCGCGCGCCCCCGGCCCCGGCUCCCCGGCGCCCGGGCCGGAUGUCCCGAUGAGAGAGCCGGCGCUGGCGGCCAGCGCCAUGGCUUACCACCCCUUCCACGCGCCGCGGCCGGCCGACUUCCCCAUGUCCGCCUUCCUGGCGGCCGCGCAGCCCUCCUUCUUCCCGGCGCUCGCGCUGCCGCCCGGCGCCCUGGCCAAGCCGCUGCCCGACCCGGGCCUGGCGGGGGCGGCGGCCGCAGCGGCCGCGGCGGCCGCGGCGGCCGAGGCGGGGCUGCACGUCUCGGCGCUCGGCCCGCACCCGCCCGCCGCGCAUCUGCGCUCGCUCAAGAGCCUGGAGCCCGAGGACGAGGUGGAGGACGACCCCAAGGUGACGCUGGAGGCCAAGGAGCUGUGGGACCAGUUCCACAAGCUGGGCACCGAGAUGGUCAUCACCAAGUCCGGGAGGAGGAUGUUUCCUCCCUUCAAGGUACGAGUCAGCGGCCUGGAUAAGAAGGCCAAAUACAUUCUGCUGAUGGACAUUGUGGCGGCUGAUGAUUGCCGGUAUAAGUUUCAUAACUCCCGCUGGAUGGUGGCAGGCAAGGCAGACCCAGAGAUGCCCAAACGCAUGUACAUCCACCCGGACAGCCCAGCCACGGGGGAGCAGUGGAUGGCCAAGCCUGUGGCUUUCCACAAGCUGAAGCUGACCAACAACAUCUCCGACAAGCACGGCUUUACCAUCCUGAACUCCAUGCACAAGUAUCAACCGCGCUUCCACAUCGUUCGAGCCAACGACAUCCUGAAGCUGCCCUACAGCACCUUCCGCACCUACGUGUUCCCUGAGACGGACUUCAUCGCGGUCACCGCCUACCAAAAUGACAAGAUCACGCAGCUGAAGAUCGACAACAACCCGUUCGCCAAGGGCUUCAGGGACACGGGGAAUGGCCGCCGGGAAAAAAGGAAGCAGCUGACGCUGCCAUCCCUGCGCUUGUACGAGGAGCACUGUAAGCCGGAGCGCGACGGCGCCGAGUCAGACGCCUCGUCUUGCGACCCUCCCCCUGCUCGGGAGCCGCCGCUCUCCCCGGGAGCAGCCCCCAGCCCCCUGCGCCUGCACAGGGUCCGAGCGGAGGAGAAAACCAGCGCCGCGGAGAGCGACCCCGAGCCCGAGCGGCUGGCCGAGGAGCGCGCGGGGCCCGCGCUAGGCCGCAGCCCGGCGCUGGACGGCAGCCCCCCUCGCUCGACCGAGCCGGAGCGCGCGCGGGAGCGGCGCAGCCCCGACAGGGGCAAAGACCCCACCGAGAGCGGCGCGGACGCGGCAUUCGGCCUGCGGAGCCUGGAGAAGGAGCGCGCCGAGGUCCGGCGGAAGGACGAGGGGCGCAAGGAGGCCGGCGAGGGCAAGGAGCCUGCCCUGGCGCCACUGGUGGUGCAGACAGACAGUGCGUCCCCCUUGGGCGCCGGACACCUGCCGGGCCUGGCUUUCUCGGGCCACCUGCACGGGCAGCAGUUCUUCGGGCCGCUGGGAGCCGGCCAGCCGCUCUUCCUGCACCCGGGACAGUUUGCCAUGGGCCCCGGAGCCUUCUCGGCCAUGGGCAUGGGUCACCUGCUGGCUUCAGUGGCGGGCAGCGGCAACGGAGGAGCCGGCGGGCCGGGGGCUGCCACCGGGCUGGAUGCAGGCGGGCUGGGUCCCGCGGCCAGCGCGGCGAGCACCGCUGCGCCCUUCCCGUUCCACCUCUCCCAGCACAUGCUGGCAUCUCAGGGAAUCCCAAUGCCCACUUUCGGAGGCCUCUUCCCCUACCCCUACACCUACAUGGCAGCAGCUGCAGCAGCAGCCUCCGCUUUGCCAGCCACCAGUGCCGCAGCUGCAGCGGCUGCUGCUGCUGGCUCCCUGUCCCGGAGCCCCUUCCUGGGCAGUGCCCGGCCCCGCCUGCGCUUCAGCCCCUACCAGAUCCCAGUCACCAUUCCACCUAGCACUAGCCUCCUCACCACUGGGCUGGCAGCAGAGGGAUCCAAGGCUGCAGGCAGCAGCAGCCGGGAACCCAGCCCCCUGCCCGAGCUGCCUCUCCGCAAAGUUGGAGCCCCAUCCCGAGGUGCCCUAUCGCCCAGCGGCUCAGCCAAAGAGGCAGCCAGUGAACUGCAGAGCAUCCAGAGACUGGUGAGUGGGCUGGAGAGCCAGCGAGCCCUCUCCCCUGGCCGGGAGUCACCCAAGUGAGGGGGCCGUCCAGCUGCUCCAAUGCCAUGCAGGCCACACGGGCUGCCUGCCCCUGCUGCUUGGGACUUGUACAGCACAGAAUGGGUAUUUAUUUAAAUAAAGGAGCAAAAGCGGGCUGCAGCAGCCAGAAUAGAGCCCUGACCAGCCAGCCUGGGCCUGGGACCCUUCCCUGGGCCUCACAAGGAAUCCAGCUGCCAGAAUACAGUCGCUUUGGAGUCACUGGACUAGGUCCAGAUCUGCUCCAGUGUGAAGGUGGCAUCUGCCAGAUGCCUCUCCUGGCCCUCCAGUGCUGUGGGGAGGCCUCCUUCCCUGCCCAGCAGUUGUUCCGGAGUCAGAAGGUGCAGGGGUCACGGGUGGGAGCUUCAGAGAGAGCCCCCGAGUCCAUAGCCUUGGGCCUGGACCGCUUGAGAAUCUGGGGUGAGGGAUACUAAGGUCAGUGGACACAGAAGUCAGUGCAGACUUGAGAUGGGAGGGGACCUUUUCUUCUAGUCCUCCCACCUCUUCCCCCAAGAGACAGGCGCCCUCCCACCCCUGGGGCAGCGGAGGGAUGGCACUUCUGCCUUGAGUUCCCAGGGAGAAAAAGAUAUUUAUGAAAUAAAUGGUAAUUUGUGUAAAUAAGCUUUAAGGUUCCCAGAAUAUGCAAAUUGGUAUUAAUUUAUUCAAAGGUGUACAUUGUUGUGUACAUAAUAUUUAGAGAUUAACUCAUAGCAUUUAAUUUUUUUUCAUUUUACAUGAGCAUCUAUAUUGUACAGGGCUGGGGAGGGGCGGGGUGUCCCUUCGCCCCAGGCGAAGGCCCCCGAGCACCGCAGGAGCUCCCACCCCGCCACCCCCUCGGCCCCUCCGCCCGGGCUUGGCUCGCCCGGCCCGCGGGCUCCACCUCAGGUUUUCACUUUUCGCUCCGGAGCGAGACGAAACGACAAAAACUCGAGAAAACAAUAAAACGC